UAUUCUCGCUUAGGGCACUGUUUGUCAUCCCGCUUCUUUUGGUGUUGGUUCGCUUGGAUCGUGAAAUUGCAAAAAAUAAAUUCGCGAAUAAUCUUUAAUUAUUAAGUCAUUUGCUUGUAAAAAAUUAAAAUUUUGGGAGGAAAUGGGUGAUGUACAAAUGUUAAUGGAAAUGGGCUUCCCCAAGGAAAGAGCCGAAUACGCUCUAAAGGUUACCAACAACAAAGGAGUUGAGCCGGCUAUGGAGUGGUUGUUAGCUCAUGUUGACGAACCAAUUCCACAGCAACCUGCCGUUGAGGAGGCACCCAGCACUUCUAAUUCGGAAAAAGUUGCCGGUGAAGCAAAAUCACUUAAAUGCGAUGAUUGCGGUAAACUGUGUAAAGAUCAGGGUGAAGUAGAAUUCCAUGCUGCAAAGACCGGUCAUAGCAAUUUUUCUGAAUCCACCGAGGAGAAAAAACCGCUAACAGAAGAGGAGAAGAAACAACAGCUGGCUCUGAUUGAAGAGAAACUUAAACAAAAGCGUUUGGAACGAGAAGAACGCGAAAGGCAAGAUGCCCUGGAACGUGAACGUAAUCGCAUUAAAUCGGGCAAGGACAUGUCUGAGGCCCGCAGACGAAUCGAGGAGUUGGAAAUGAAAAAAAUAAUUGAACAACGUAAACGUGAAAAGGCCGAAGAAAAGGCAGCACGUGAACGUGUAAAGGCUCAGAUUGAAGCGGAUAAAGCCAGACGCAAGGCCAGUCAGACAUCACCCACUGCCGAAACACCGGUUGCUUCGUCGUCAUCGGUUUCUUCUACCACACCAACUGCUGAUGCUAGCGUUAAAUCUCCCCCAAAGGAGUACAAAGAGACACGCAUCCAGAUACGUCUCCAAGAUGGAUCAACUCUAACGGAAACCUUCAACGUUAACGAACAACUGUCCGCAGUGCGUGUGUUCAUACAAAUGAAAACCGGCAAUGAAACGCCAUUUGGUCUGAUGACAACAUUUCCUCGCAAAGUUUUUGACUGUGAUGACUUUGAGAAACCAUUAAGUGCUCUGGGUCUGGUACCAUCGGCCGUCCUAAUAAUGACCAAAGUCAAUGUGUAAACAUUUAGCAAUAUGGUGUAGCUGCUGCAUGCGUAUUGGAUCACUUGCGACAUUUAAAAUAAAUAAAUAAAAUCGUAUUUAAUCUCUUUUUUGGUAAUGCUCGGCAAUUUUGUAUGUAUAUGUAUUUAUUUCGGUGCAGCAAAUAGACUGCAGAUUUGAAUUUUGUUUUUGAAUAAAACGUUUGAUACCAACAUAAAAA